AUGAAUCAUCAGAAGUGGAAACUACAGACGAGCCAGACACCUGUCCAACCGCUUCCGGUGCCAUUUCUCGAUGAAGCACAAACACAAAACCAGGCCAUACUAAGAGGAUCAUCCACAGAAUCGUCAUCUGCAAUGACUAGGCAGUAUACGCUACCUUCAACGGUGGUAAUAAUGCCAAAAUCAGGUAAAGCUGUUAUUCCACAACAAUUCUCGCCGCGCUCAAAAUCGCCGUCCCAAAAAGAACAGACUUCGUCGGAGAGCCUCUCUUAUCCUAUGCCUGAGCGAGGAACAUCACCAACUUUCAUUAUUGUGCUGUGCAUGACGGUGCUGGCAGUAGCAAUGGUAGCUGUCGUUUUAGGAUUAUGUAUCCUGCGGCAU